AUGAGCCUAUUUACCCUGGAUGAAAGUCGAGGUUGGUCCAUGCAUCAUAUGAACGGUAAUAUUGUCAAGAUCAAGUUGACCAAGAAAAAGGACGACUACGUUCACGUCGACGGCAUCGACAACGUUGGCUGGCAGGACCUGACCGUCGAGCAGCGCAAAAAAUGGAAUCGCACGACAGCGCACACCUCACGUGCGGUCUUCUCGGGCGAAGUCACUUAUGAGCCGUGGCACGAUGUCCCCUGCUCCUACAUCAUCUGCGAGCAGUAUCAGGCCUUGCCGCCAGCACUCCAGGAGUUCUUCGCCUCGAAAAUGGAUGCGCCGGGCACUACCUACCGCCUGCCGAGUUCGCAUUCCCCGUUCCUGAGUAUGCCCGACCGUCUGGUGGAUGUUCUGCGAGAGAUAGUGAAGGUGUGA